AUGGCAGCCAUGUGGGACCACCUACGGACGGGCAACUAUGGGGGCGGUGGAGGCCCCGCAUCAGCGCAUGCACCGCCUGGACGCAGAGGCGAUGGAGACCUGAUGAUGGCAGGAGCAGCCCAUCAUUACCCCCAGCAGCGCCGCCGCCACCACCACCACCAUCCAGGCCAGCAGCAGCAACAUGAUUAUUACGACUCCAACUACUACUACUACGACGACAGGGACAGCAGGCCCAGAAAACAAGCUCGGUCGCCGAUGAUGACCAGGGAGGGCCACGGCGGCGGCAGUCAUACUACAAGUACUACCGCGGAACCCCGUCCCAGACGACGAGCCGGAGGAGCUCCAGGCUACACCUACGAGAUCAGAGGAGGUCCCGCGCCCGCAAGGCCGCCCCGCGAGUUCAUGGAGCAGCAGCAGCAGCAGCAGCAGCAGCAGCACCACCGCUACCUUCACGAUAGUGGCCCAGCGCCGGGCUCUCACCACCACGGCGGGCCGCCACCACCACCGCGUCACUCGAACCACCAGUACCCUCCGCAGCGCGGCUCUUCCUUUCGACCUACCUCUUCCCUCUACUCCCAGCCGAGUCCCAUAAACACAAACUUCGACGCCCAGCAGCAGCCGCAGCGCCACCCACGAUAUCAACAGCACCACUACAACUACCAGCCGCAGCAGCCGAGGUACGCCCACGCGCCGACGUCUCCAGACGAAGUCUCCCCGCCAAGUUCGCCCGAGUACCUGGCCCCUGGACUGCAUCAGUCCCAAGAAGACGUCUCCCCCAUCGACGACACGCCCGAGCUAGCCGCCCAACAGUUAGCCCAGAUGAACAUCAACCAGCAAGGCACCCCUCCCCAGGGGAAGUCAAACAUCCCCAUGAUGCGCCGCGAGCGACGCCAGACACAAAACGCCGCCGCCAACACGCUGCGCGAGACCAAGUCGCGCGAGCGCAUGCGCCAACAUGCGCACUCUCAAGCGGGACAGCACCCGCAACAGCCGCCUCAAGAUCCGCGCACAAAUUCCAUGUCCUCACAACGGGGCUACAAGGGCGGACCGGUCCUGUGGGAUCCAAACUCGGGAGAGUUGACCAGCAGCAAUAAAGGCAGGCCGAGCCAGGUCAAGCCGGCCGAGUACGCCAAAGGUCUCGGCACGGGACCCGACAGCCUCGCCGGGGCCCGUGCUGCCCUGAAACCGACGACGAAGACGGCCGACCAGCCUCGAGCACAGGCGCCAACGAGCUUCGGAGACCGCAUGAAGAAGAUGGCGCGCAACAUGGCGGACGCAACCAGGAAUCGCGAGCCGUCACCGGCCGCCGAGAGCGCGACCGACCCCGCGGCCGGCGCCUUUGUCGCAAACCGGCCGGCCUGGAACGGCGCGAGCGGCCGCACCACGCUAGUUGCUCCCGUACGCGACAACCAAGACGUCGCGCCCCUCAAGAUUCCUCCCAAGAGUAGCAAGCGGACUCCAGUGUCGAGUCCCGUGCGCACGCACGAUGUCGGCAAUCAGCACAACCAGCCCGGUGGGCUGAACAUAAUGAUGGGCUCACCCCCUGUCAGCCCACCUGCAGGGGGUGAAACGCCAGGCCGGGAGACCAUUCGCCGCAUCGUCCCCUCGAGCGAGAUGGCCCCCCAGCAGCAGCCCUCCACCCCUCAGGCAGGUGCCGUUUCCUACCCAAGCCCGCCCGUUUCGGCCGGCCUCAACCACCGCGACUCCCUCCCCUCCCAGCAACCAGCGGCACCUUCCCCCUCACCCACGUCGCAACAGCCGAUCAAGAGGAAGCCCGCACCCGCCGGCGGCCACCAGCAGCAGGACUCGGUCAGCAGCGUCUACAGUCAGAGCGAUCCCUACAACUACAAGCACUACGCCGCCCAACCACCACCACCACAGUCGUCUCAACAGCAGCAGCAGCUACAGGACCCCUGGCAGCAGCCGCCCUCGCGCUUCUCCGUCACGACGUACGACGCCACCCCGCGCGAGUCCCUCGACGAGUUCGCGCCGAGUGAUGCGCCGCCCGUGCCCGCCAUGCCCAACAACGUCAACAGCAGCCCCCUGGCCGGCAACCGGCUGCAGGAGUCGAUGAUGGAGCGCCGCCGCCCGCCCAAGCUGGGCCACGCCGACUCGGCCAGCAUCCGCGGCGAGCCCAUCGUCAUCUCGCUCAAGGACCAGUGGAACACGCCCGGUGGGGGUGCAGCUGCGCACGAGCGCAAGCCCGUGCCGCGGGGCGUCGCCCGCGCGGCGACCGACUCCUCGGCCGCCGCACGGCCGCAGUCGGGCAUCAGCGUGGCCGGGUCGGUGCACAAGAUGCUGCCGCCCGCGCCGCCGGAGACGACGGCCAAGGACCGCGUCACGCAGCUCAACGCGCAGCUCGCGAGCCUGGCGCAGCGGCGCGUCAACAUCGCCCGGUCGAUCAAGCAGAUGACGGAGCUCAUGCCGCAGGACAACAUCAUGGACUCGGCCGAGGUGAUCCACAAGCGCGAGCUCGAGAAGCGCAAGGUGGAAGGGCUCAAGCUGGAGCUCAGCGAGGUGCAGCGCGAGGAGUACGAGCUCGGGCUCAAGCUGCACCGGGCGUACAAGCGGAUGGAUCAGAAUGCGGAUUUCGAGCCGACGACGCUUUGGGUGCGGAGGGUGACUGGGUGA